AUGGCUGUUGAGCAGGAGCACUUCGUCCACCUCGCCCGACCCCUGGCGCCUACGUCUAUGGGUUUUACCGGUAGUGCCCCGCUUACCGUGCACAUCCAGCCCCAAGCCGUAUUCUCCGUAAUCGACCACGCCGUCCGCCGCGACACCCGCGACACACAGUCGACAAGAGUGAUCGGCGCCCUCGUCGGCACCCGCAGCGAAGAUGGUAGCGAGGUCGAGGUGCGGAGCACCUUCGCGAUCCCGCACACGGAGAACGAAGACCAGGUCGAGGUCGACGUCGAGUAUCAAAAGAACAUGCUCGCCCUGACCCUCAAGGCCUCCCCGCGCGAGACCCUGCUCGGGUGGUACACGACCUCGCACGAGCUCAACAGCUUCUCGGCCCUCAUCCAGAACUUCUUCGCCUCGCCCGAGACGGGCACCUUCCCGCACCCGGCCGUGCACCUGACCAUCUCGACGGAGCCCGGCGCGCCCAUCGCCACCAAGGCGUACAUCUCGGCCCCGGUCGCCGUCUCGCCCGAGCGCGCCGCCGAGUCCUGCCUCUUCAUCGAGGUGCCGCACAAGCUGCUCUUCAGCGACGCGGAGCGCGCGGCGCUGGGCACGGCGACGGCGGCGGCCGAGACGGAGGCCCGGUCGGCGCCCGUCAUCUCCGACAUCGAGACGCUCGCGCAGUCGCUCGAGUCCGUGUCGGACCUGCUCGAGCGCGUCUCGGGCUUCGUCGGCGAGGUGCUGGACGAGGAGCGCGACGGCAGCCACGCACUCGGCCAAUACCUGAUGAACGCCCUGUCCCUGGCCCCCAAGGUCUCGGCCACCCAGAUCGAGGCCGACUUCAACAACCACGUCCAGGACGUGCUCAUGGUCAGCUACCUGGCCAACACCAUCCGUACCCAGAUCGAUCUUGCCCAGCGCCUCGCCACCGCGCCCUUGGUGGGCGGCGACAAGGAGGGCGGCGAGAAGGGCAAGGACGGCGAGGACGGCGGCCGCGGUGGGAGGGGAGGCAAGCGGGGCGGCGGUGGCCGCGGCGGACACCGCGGGGAACCGAGAGAGCCCAGGGAGCCGAGGGAGCCUGCCGAGUAG